CAAAGAGGGGUCGCAUAUGGAAUGAUGCAGAAGAGAGCACGACAAUAAGAGAACAGUUGAGAAACAUUUAUACCAUAAUAAAUACACUCCACCCAUCGUCCAAACCCUUAUUACGUUUGUUAUAGCUCAACUGUGAGGGAUAAUUUGUAAAGUCCCAAUUACUACUAUAGCUACCACUUUUGUUUCUUUAAUUCCAAGCACAUAUUCUUCUCAUCACGCCAUGGAUUUUCAUGGCAAGGACACCCUCCUCAGCCUAAUGGACACCGAAAAGUCAGAACCACCACAAUCCCCUCUUCACCUUCAUCUCCAAACCCACAGAGAGAUAAGCGAACAAGACCUUCAGUUCAGUUCCCCAAGGCCUUCAAGCUCCGAUGGCAUGUUCCCUAUCAUGCCGGAUUCACCAUGGACACUUUCCCCUCUCCCAACCCCUUCGUCUUCUUUGCUUUACCACUGCAUCGCUUCGCUCCACCGCCACGAAGGUAACAUCUACGCAAUCGCUGCUUCAAAGGGUUUGGUAUUCACCGGCUCCAACAGCAGCAGAAUCCGUGUCUGGAAGCAGCCAGAUUGCAUGGACAGAGGGUAUCUCAAAGCCAGCUCCGGUGAGGUGAGAGCCAUUCUCGCUUAUAGCAACAUGCUUUUCUCCACGCACAAGGACCACAAGAUAAGGAUAUGGACCUUCACCGUUUCAGAUAACUUCAAGUCCAAGAAACUAGGCACUCUCCCUAGAAAGAGCUCGAUCCUCAUGUUCCCCUCGAGAGGGAAGAACACGCCCAAGCACAAAGAUUCCGUCUCUUGCAUGGCGUAUUACCACUCCGAGGGCCUCCUUUACACCGGCUCCCACGACAGAACAGUGAAGGCGUGGCGUGUUUCCGACAGAAAAUGCGUCGACUCGUUCGGCGCACACGAGGAUAACGUCAACGCCAUAUUGGUGAACCAAGACGAUGGUUGUCUUUUCACCGGAUCCUCCGACGGGUCGGUGAAGAUAUGGAGAAGGGUGUACACUGAAGACUCGCACACUCUCACCAUGACUCUCAAAUUCCAACCCUCCCCCGUCAACGCUCUGGCGUUGAGUUGCUCGUUCAACCACUGCUUCCUCUAUUCGGGGUCCUCCGAUGGGAUGAUAAACUUCUGGGAGAAGGAACGGCUGUGCUACAGGUUCAACCAUGGAGGGUUCUUACAGGGUCACCGAUUUGCGGUUCUUUGUUUAGCGACGGUAGGGAACAUGAUAUUCAGUGGGUCAGAGGACACCACCAUUAGGGUAUGGAGGAGAGAGGAAGGGAGUUGCUACCAUGAGUGUUUGACGAUUUUGGAUGGACACAGAGGACCGGUGAGAUGCUUGGCUGCAUGCCUGGAGAUGGAAAAGGUUGUGAUGGGAUUCUUGGUGUACAGUGCUAGUUUGGAUCAAACAUUCAAAGUUUGGAGGAUUAAAGUUUUGCCCGAUGAAAAAAUGUGCAUGGACUACAGUGAGCAGUGUGAAGCCCCAAGGGUGAAGAUCAGGGACUACGAUAUGAGCCCGGUUCUGUCGCCUUCUUGGGUGGAGAAGAAGCUUCAAGGUAGCUAUUUCCAGUAGGAUUAAUGUAAUUAAUUAGUUACUGAUAAUCAUCAUUAAUCGAUAAGAAUAACCAUAAUCAUCUUCUUGCUCUUACACUUAAGAUAUACAAUAUGCAUGUGUAGAGUAGUAGUGUCUGUUUUUGUGUACUUUUGAUGAUUU